AAAUGAUUACUUUUAUUCGGCGGUCUUUUAACUUGGGGUGCUGUGUUUUUGUGACUUAAUAGGGUUUUAGCAUGUCAAUUGAGCCAACAAGGUCACAGCAAUGGCUUCAUCAUGAUUCACAACUGGCUGCCGAUGCUGGGGUAACAUUUGAACUUCAAUAUGUUGGUGCUAUUCCAGUGCUGACAUCCAUAAAAUCUGUGAAUAUAAAUACCAGAACUCGAAUUUGUCGUGCAUCAAUACGUCGUGUAUGUGAAGAUGUUGGUCUAAAACUACCAAGUAACCAACCAGCUGACAAGUCAAUAAAACAGUUCAUUGGCCCAUCCACUGAUAUGACAUGGGCAAUGGCAAACGUAUACCUUACAAUCACAUCACAAACACUAACUGUUGAAACAAUUGAUAAUGGUGUGUUAUUAUUCCAGCACAACCUAUUCCUGGUUUCUUUUGCUUCCGCUGGGGAUGCAGAUACACCAGAUUUCAUUUGUUAUGUGGCCAAAACAGAUCAAGACACUCGUAUGUGUUACGUUUUUGAAUGUUCAGAUGGUCUUGCCCAGGAUGUAAUUAUUACAAUCGGACAAGCAUUCCAGCUAGGAUAUCAGGAUUUCAAAAAUUCUAAACCGCAAAAUGUUAAUAAACAAACAUCUCCCAUUAAAUUAAAUUCAUUCGAUUCAUUAUUUUCUCAUCACCAAACAUUUCAAACAAAUAUAUCAAUGUCUAAAAAUUCUCUUAGUAAUUCAAACAAACCUUCAUCUAUUAAUAGUACCAAUUAUCAUGUAUCUGCCAAUACCAGUAAUUCCCUAUCAAAAGAGAAUACGACAUUAAAUCAAAAUACUUCUAUGCCUGAUAAUAAUGUUACUCAUCAACCAGUAGCUUUUGAUAAUUUUAUGGAUUUUGAAGAUAGUGCAUGGCAUCUUGGUAACGAACUUUCUUCGGGUAAUCAAACUGAUAAUGCAGAAUGCAAUAAGCCAUCCUGUGGCACUACAAAAAAUUCCACCCAAUCUAAUCAAAAUGAUUUAACACAACAGCCUUCCUGCAACAUUAAUAAAGUCGCUGGUGUCAAAUCAAUGUCUAAUGUAAAGGCACCAGUUGGACUUCCAAAUUUUGAACAUUUAGAACCAGUAGGUGAACCUUGGUAUGUUGGUAAAAUGUCCAGAUCACAAGCCGAAAAUUUGUUGCGUUAUGAUGGGGAUUUUCUUGUACGUGCUAGCAUUCAGCAGCCUGGUCAGUUUGUACUAAGCGGCCUUCAAGACGGAAAAUAUAGACAUUUGUUACUGGCCGAUCCCAAUGGAAAGGUACGUACAAAAGAACGAGUAUUUGAUAGCAUACAACAUCUUAUUGAUUAUCACGUACAAAAUGGUGCGCCUAUUCGUUCACUUGACAGCGAAAUAAAAUUAAUAUUUCCGGUAUCUACACAUACAUUUUGCAUUUCUUAAUUCAAUUCCGCAUGAUCUUUGACAUAGGUGCACAAUUCAGUGAUAACAUACCAACAACUCAACUUUAUCUCUGUGAUCUAAUAACUUUAUUUUAUAUCCCAUGCUUAUAUUGUUAAGUUAUGCUUUCUCUAUCAACUUUCUAUUUCAUAACAUUCCAAAACUUUGUGUAAAUCGACUUACCUACUUUUAUACUAAACUUGUGCAACAUGCAAUAAUAUUUGGCUGUAAUUUAUUUUACAUCACAUUAUUUUACUAGUGACUUUUUUGUUGCUUUUCUGCAAAUUAAUCACUGAUUUUGCGUAAUAUGACUUCUAUAAAAAUCCUGUAAAAUUUUCUAGACUUCAAAAUGAAACGACAAACCAAUGAAGUGUGGCAAGUCAUUUCAUGUUCGUUUUUAAAUACAUUACCUAAUGAUUUCAC